GAGGAAGCGGCGCUCAUGGGGAUGCAAGGAUGUAGAGGAGCAAAGGGGGGGAAGAGGCCGCGCGAAGAGAGGUGGUGUGAGACCCGCGGAGGCGCCGGCCAAGGAAGGGCGCACGGAGAGACGGGUGGCGCGAUCGGUCGGGUGCUGGCCAUUCAGGCCCGAAAGCGGAGGCCGAAAAGAGAGAAACACCCGAAAAAGAGGGGCAUUACUGAGCAUUCACUAUGGCACCUGGUGCCAGAUUCUGUUAAUCCACGCAGGAGUCCUCAAGAAAUCAAGCAGAAGAUUGAGCUGCUGAUGUCAGUUAACUCUGAGAAGUCGUCCUCUUCAGAAAGGCCGGAGCCUCAGCAGAAAGCUCCCUUAGUUCCUCCACCACCGCCUCCGCCUCCGCCACCGCCUCUGCCAGACCCCGCACCCCCAGAGCCCGAGGAGGAGAUCCUAGGAUCUGAUGAUGAGGAGCAGGAGGACCCUGCUGACUACUGCAAAGGUGGCUACCAUCCAGUGAAAAUUGGAGACCUCUUCAAUGGCCGCUACCAUGUUAUUAGGAAGCUAGGAUGGGGACACUUCUCAACUGUCUGGCUGUGCUGGGAUAUGCAGGGAAAAAGAUUUGUUGCAAUGAAAGUUGUAAAAAGUGCCCAGCAUUAUACAGAGACAGCCUUGGAUGAAAUAAAAUUGCUCAAAUGUGUUCGAGAAAGUGAUCCCACUGACCCAAAUAAAGACAUGGUAGUACAGUUAAUCGAUGACUUCAAGAUUUCAGGCAUGAAUGGAAUACAUGUCUGCAUGGUCUUCGAAGUACUCGGCCACCAUCUCCUCAAGUGGAUCAUCAAGUCCAAUUACCAAGGCCUCCCAGUACGUUGUGUGAAGAGUAUCAUUCGACAGGUCCUUCAGGGGUUAGAUUAUCUGCAUGGUAAGUGCAAGAUCAUUCAUACUGACAUAAAGCCGGAGAACAUCUUGAUGUGUGUGGAUGAUGCGUAUGUGAGAAGAAUGGCAGCCGAGGCCACCGAGUGGCAGAAAGCAGGUGCUCCUCCUCCUUCGGGAUCUGCAGUGAGCACGGCUCCCCAGCAAAAACCCAUAGGAAAAAUAUCUAAGAACAAGAAGAAAAAACUGAAAAAGAAGCAGAAAAGGCAGGCCGAGUUACUGGAAAAGCGUCUGCAGGAAAUAGAAGAAUUGGAGCGAGAAGCCGAAAGGAAAAUAAUAGAAGAAAACAUCACAACAGCGGUACCUUCCAAUGAACAGGACGAUGGAUACGGCCCAGAGGGGAAACUCAAAACUGCCAGCUUCGAGGAUGUGGCCGAGGGCGAGCCUGCCAAUGACAACGGUGAGGCUGAGGACCAGGAAGAGAAAGAAGACACCGAGAAAGAAAACACUGAGAAAGAUGAAGAUGAUGUUGAACAGGAACUGACCAACACAGACCCUGCGUGGAUAGAAUCCCCCAAAACCAAUGGCCAUAUUGAGAAUGGUCCGUUCUUACUGGAACAGCAGCUGGAUGAUGACGAUGAUGAAGAAGAAGAUUGUCCAAAUCCUGAGGAAUAUAACCUCGAUGAGCCAAAUGCAGAAAGUGAUUACACAUAUAGCAGCUCCUAUGAACAAUUCAAUGGUGAAUUGCCAAAUGGACGGCAUAAAAUUCCCGAGUCACAGUUUCCAGAGUUUUCCACAUCAUUGUUCUCUGGGCCCUUAGAACCUGUGGCUUGUGGCUCUGCGCUUUCCGAGGGAUCCCCGCUUACCGAGCCUGAGGAAAGCAGUCCAUCCCACGACAGAAGCCGGACGGUUUCAGCCUCCAGCACUGGAGAUUUGCCAAAAACAAAAACUCGGGCGGCCGACUUGUUGGUGAAUCCCCUGGAUCCACGGAACGCAGAUAAAAUUAGAGUUAAAAUUGCCGACCUGGGAAACGCUUGUUGGGUGCAUAAACACUUCACAGAAGACAUCCAGACUCGUCAGUAUAGAUCCAUAGAGGUUUUGAUAGGAGCAGGUUACAGCACGCCUGCUGACAUUUGGAGCACAGCGUGCAUGGCAUUUGAGCUGGCAACGGGAGAUUAUUUGUUUGAACCGCAUUCUGGGGAAGACUAUUCCAGAGAUGAAGACCACAUAGCCCACAUCAUAGAGCUGCUAGGCAGUAUCCCAAGGCACUUUGCUCUAUCUGGAAAAUAUUCUCGGGAAUUCUUCAAUCGCAGAGAUCACAUAGCAUUGAUCAUUGAACUGCUGGGGAAAGUCCCUCGAAAAUACGCUAUGUUGGGGAAAUAUUCCAAGGAGUUUUUCACCAGAAAAGGAGAGCUGCGGCAUAUCACCAAGCUGAAGCCCUGGAGCCUCUUUGACGUCCUUGUGGAAAAGUACGGGUGGCCUCAUGAAGAUGCUGCACAGUUUACAGAUUUCCUGAUCCCCAUGUUAGAAAUGGUUCCAGAAAAACGAGCCUCAGCUGGCGAAUGCCUUCGGCAUCCUUGGUUGAAUUCUUAGCAGAUUCUACAAAUAGAGCAUUCUGAGCUAGCAAAUGUUUUCCAGUACAUUGGACCUAAACGGUGACUCUCAUUCUUUAACAGGAUUACAAGUGAGCUGGCUUCAUCCUCAGACCUUUAUUUUGCUUUGAGGUACUGUUGUUUGACAUUUUGCUUUUUGUGCACUGUGAUCCUGGGGAAGGGUAGUCUUUUUGUCUUCAGCUUAGUAGUUUACUGACCCACUUUCUUCUGGAAACAAUAACAUGUCUCUAAGCAUUGUUUCUUGUGUUGUGUGACAUUCAAAUGUCAAUUUUUUUGAACGAGAAAUACUUUCCCCCUUGUGUUUUGGCAGGUUUUGUAACUAUUUAUGAAGAAAUAUUUUAGCUGAGUACUAUAUAAUUUACAAUCUUAAGAAAUUAUCAAGUUGGAACCAAGAAAUAGCAAGGAAAUGUACAAUUUUAUCUUCGGGCAAAGGGACAUCAUUCCUGUAUUAUAGUGUAUGUAAAUGCACCUGUAAAUGUUAAUCUCCAUUAAAUAUGGGAUGGGGACUCAAAUUUCAGAAAAGCUACCAAGUCUUGAGUGCUUUGUAGCCUGAAUUGCAUGUAGUGGACUUGAACUGCUCCCAGGAGCCGUGCAGACUUUUCAUUCCGUAACAGUCCUUUUACGUUGGAUUUUAAAGUGGCUCUGAGUUAUGUCAUUCCCUAUAUGGCACUUUAAAGCAAGAAAAGACAUGCUUUCAUUCUAAGAUACGUAUUAUACUUUUAGCACUCCCAUUCAUAUUUUUGCAUAUUUUUAAAAGUACUUUAAAGGAAAAAGAGCAAUUUCCCUUUAAAAAUGUGAUAGCCCAGAACCAUGUGGUGUUGCCUCCUCCAAACACUGUAAGUUAAACUCUACAUAGAUUAAAUCGGACAACAAAACCAUGUGCAGUGUGUGGAAUGAGAAAAAACAAAAUAUUUCUGUAUAUAUAUAUUUUUUGGAAAAGUUUGCUUGUGUUUGUCCAAAAUCCAGGUAUGGUAAUGCAGUUAGCAGUGCAGCAGGCACGACCCGAGCUGGCAGCUGCGAGGUCACAGGGAUCACGCUCGUCCCCUAGGCAGGGGGACGUGCGGCUACAACGUCACUAGCUUGUUCAUUGUCUUCCCAUGCAUUGAAGUUGAGAAAACGAUUUCCCUUUGCAGGUUGCACACGAUUUUGUUUAUGCCUUUCCUUAAUGUUGUAGAAUCCAGGACACAAACCAUAGUAGGCAAUACAAUUUUAGAAUGUAAUAUACGGAGGUGUAUUUAGCCUCUUUUAGAAGUCAGUGGAUUGAAUGUCAGGUUUUUUAAAAAUUUUACAUUCAUUAAGGUGCCUCGUUUUUCUUGACUUUGUCCAUUAACAUUUAUCCAUAUGCCUUUGCAAUAACUAGAUUGUGAAAAGAUAACAAGUGUUGUAAUAAUAAUCCAUUGUUUGAGGUGCUUGCAGUUGUCUUAAAAAUUAAAGUGUUUUUUUUUUUUUUUUUUUUUCCCCCAGACAUUGCCUUGGUCAUUGGCCUAUAUUUGAAGCGGUAGAAUCAACAAACAUUUGUUCUUUUAGUGUAGCGUAACCCAAACUAAAGGAAGUAUCAACAUUCCCGUUGCAGGAAAGGCAGCUGUAGAACAUGCAUUAUUGCUUAUUGUAAGGAAAUCAUUCAUUGUUUUGUAAGAGUAGAAUAUGGAUUUAGAAGAAUUGCUGUAGGACAGAUGUACUACCUAGAAUGUCAGUGAUUGAUUCUUUUUUUAUUCAUGUUCCAUCAAAAACAUACUACUUACAUUGUGUUUGAGCAUUGCAAAUUUAUUCUUUUUAACAGUAUUCACCUUGAAGGGAACAAGACACAUCAUUUCGGGAGUUAGCAUGCUCUCACACAUCGCUGUGAGGUUCCUUAGGCAUUGUGCAUGCUGGGGUCUUCUGACGAGGCUGUAGGUUGUCCUGUAGGUUCUACGACAGAUGGUUGCUGCAGACUGUUUCUGUAGGAGCCAUGCUCACAAGAACCGAAAGGUCUGUCUGUCUUCCCUAACUCUGAAGAAUUGGUGUCAGGGUUUAUAGCACACUUGAGUGAAAUUGAUCCUAUUAGGCAGUUUCGGCUCAUGUUAGGAAAUAAACUCGAUUGUUAGGAAUUUGUAAAGAUCAGUCCCUUAUAAAAGAGCCUAACUGGUUUACGAUGUAAAAAAGUUGUUCUAGAAGGAAUCUCCCAUUUGUAUUAGGUAUAGUAUGGUUUUUAGCAGAAUCUUGGUGGCUUGAUGAUAGAGAAUACUCCGCUGAAUGGGCAGCACUGGUUAUGCAGCUCCCUGCCGCCGGCUCGGUGGUUUUGGUGAAGGUCCUGGCUUUUCCUCUCGUUAGUCCUUGUCAGGUCUUCACGGAGAAGGACAAGCAGUGGAUCGUGAUGGUAGCAGAUGAGAAGCUGGCUGUCUGGAAAUUAGAACUGCUCAGAGGCCAAAAAAAGCAAAUUUAAAGGCUUCAGGAAAUCAUAAACUUUACAGGUGAAAAUUGAUUUAUUAUUAACUUGCUGCUGCUUGUACCUGGACCAUACCUGACUAGUUAAACACGAUAAACUACUAUUUCUCCUUGGGUAGAGAACUUCAGUUGAGAUUAUUCCUUAAAUUCCAGUUUCUCUUCCAUUGUUGUUUUUGUAACUUUUCAUGAGACAGUAUUUGAGAGUGUAUGUGCCCUUCAUCAAGGAGUCAAGGAACUACAUUAGAUUUUGCAGUCCAUAGAAACGCUUCUCUAUCAAUUAUUUGUGUAGUAGGCAGAUUUAUAACAGGAAUUUUAAAUCCUUAGAAGGCCAGUCCUUUUAAAGAGGCGAAUAAUGCUACUCACUGUGCUAACAGUUAACCACCUUUGUUCUGUGAAACCGUUGGGCCGGGUGACGUAGAGCCAUGUUUUCUUGGACAAGUGUUUCUCUAGUGAGUACCGUAGGUAGAACUUUGUAUGCUAAGUCAGGAAGGGCAGAGUUGACCCGAGUUCUUUUAAAACUGGAAGCUGACUAGGAUUGAGCCAAGCCCUAGUGCAGUUCUCUUCAUGUACCAUCAUUAGCUGGUUUUCAUAAGGAAAUGGACAUUAAAAAUUACUGUAAAACAUGAGUUUCAUUACUGCCAAAUAUUAAUCCAGCCAGUUUUAGCUUGAUGUUUUUCUCCAAAGCAUUGAAUGUAUGUGCUGUGCCAGAUUAUGUCAAUUAGGUAAAAAUUGGAAAAAUGUGUUCAUUACUUAUGGUUCUACUUAAUUAAUCCUCCUAAGAGGUAGAAGACAAAGAAAGAUUUAUUUUUCCAAAACAAAAAGUAGAAUUGGGUAUUUCAGCAGUGUCCAAGAGGCUAUUUUCAUUUCACUUGAGAGCUUUAGUAGUAAUGCUGUUUUCGUUUAUAUGCCCGAACCAAAUUUUUAAGACCUAUUACUUUUUUUUUUUAAUACUAUAGCUAGAGAGUAAGUGUUAAUUUAAGGUUUUCAAAUAAUUUUGAUUCAUCAGUAGGACGUUGCAGUCAUGCAUGUUCAGCAAUGUACAAAUGAGAUAUGUGUGUUGUCAGGCAAAGCUACACCGUGUUUUCGAACAGUUGUCAGUUCCGGUCUAGAACUCGAUCACGUGUAAUACUUGAAUGAUACGGGUUCACAUUUUGUAUGAUGUCAGUUGGAGGUAGAACCUCCACCCAGCAGAGUUCCCUGCAGCACUGACAGGAAGGAGCGCUGCAGGAACAACCCAACCCCUCACUGCCUCCUGAUGUCCGCUACAGUCCAGCUGAGGUAGGUGUAGCUGAAGAAAAGGGAAGGCUACUGACAAACUAGAGCUGAAAAAAAUGGAACUUUUGUAAAAAAAAAAAAACUUGUUUAAACAGACUCCAAUCUCAGAAGUUGUACAGGACAAUUUGGUAAAACUGACAUAAUUGUGAUUUAUUAACAUGAAUUAAAAUGCCCAACCAGUGCUUCAAUGUGACAGUAUAUUUAAAAUAAAAAAGAAAUUAAAGGCCAUAUACUGUACUACUUUCACAAAGAUCACACAGUUUUGCAGACUUGUCAUAUGUACAGUGCUAUAUAUCAAAUGAGAAAAGCUGUAAGCAAUUAUAUACGCAAAAGAAAUGCAGUAUUUACAGUUUGUCAGGAGACAUUAAAAAUCUAUACAUUAAAUUACAUUUUGCUUGCAAAUAACCGAUAAAACAAAAUGAGCCAUGUCCACACCAAACUAUAAAAAUCUGUAUUGCAUUUUUUUUUUUUUUUUUAAUAUACCUAAGAUGCACU